CUCUCUUCAUCCAAACCACCUACCCACCACCAGCAUCCCAACAAAACCACACAACUACAAUGUCCUCUCUUAUGCCUAUCCAGCGGCGCACCGUGGCACUCCUCACCCGGGCGACCAAACAAGCACCUAAUGCCCGCCGCACCAUCAUAACCGGCCUACCCCGGCGCCUUCCCACCCGAGCUUCCAGCAGCAGCAGCAGCAGCAGCAGUACACCACGAUGCACAACGCAGCCCCAGACCUACAGCUACACCUACACCUUCACAAAAACUAAGCAAACCCCCUCGCCGUCGCCCCUGUCCCAGCACCGCCAAAACAGCACCAAAGCAAACGACAACAGCUUCAAGCAAUGGGGUUUCGAAGACAUUACAUCCUCCCUCCCCACCACAAACACAAACACAACAACCAAAACACCCCCCUCCCACCCCCUCAAAUCCCUAAUUCUAAUCGACGUCCGCGAACCCGCCGAACUAAACGCCACCGGUAUAAUCCCCGGCGCAGUCAGCGUGCCGCUGGCGUCGCAGCCAGACGCGCUAUUCCUGACGCCGGAUGAGUUCGAGACGAGGUUCGGGUUUCCUAAGCCUGGGGUUGAGGAGGAGGGUACCCUGUCUGCAACGGACGGCAACAAGACCGAGGGUGGCAAGAACGAGGGCCAGGACAACGCACCGGAGAUUGUCUUCUACUGUAAGGCGGGGGUGCGGGCGCGAGCGGCGGCGCAGUUGGCGGUGCAGGCGGGGUAUGAUGCUUCGCGGAUCGGGGUUUAUGAGGGGAGUUGGUUGGAUUGGGCGGAUCGGGGUGGACGGGUGGAGAGGUGGGAGGGGGAGGAUUAAGUCCCUGGGAUUAUUUUGAUAUCCAUUCUGGGUGAGGGUUGAAAAAUAAAUUGGAGAUGGGGGUAGGGUUUCACGUGGGUACGAGGAAUAUAUAUAUGUUUUUUUCUAUGUGUAUGGGGAUUCAAGUUGUGUUCCUCUCCGUGUUGACAAAUAUGUUGUGGAUGCCGAGUCAGAUUCGACACGAUCUUCUGUGCAAGAAAUCACUAUAUCGACCCAUCGUAGGAGAUCGUAGGAGAUACAGAC